GUAAUAGGGGACAGGUAACAAGUAACAGGUGACACAGUGGCAGGUACAAGUAUCAGAGAACGGAUACCAGGUAUUCAGAGAGUCGGCAGCGAGCGGGUCACAUGCAGUAACAGGUAACGGGUGGGAGGAGCGGCAGCUCCAGGCAGAGGCGGCAGCUCCCGGUGUCCCGGCUCCCCGUGUACAGGUGUCCCGGCGGCGGCAGGGGCGAUGGACGGCUCCGGGACCAAGCGCAAGAACCUGGGCUUCUUUAAGCCGCGGCUCUACAUACUGGAGCGGCGCCGCACCGACACCAUCAUCCCGCAGGGAGACGAGGACAAGGGCAGCAACCUGCGCCGCAGCCAGUCCGACCGCAGCGAGUACAGUCAGCGGCUGAAGGACAAGUUGACUCCCCACGCAAUUCCUGAGGUGUCUGCAACCCCACCGCUCGACCCGAAGGAGCAGAGGGAACACUUGAUGCGACGGAGGAGGAAAGUCAUUGAAGAACUCGUGCAGACGGAGAAAGAUCACUGCAAGGACCUGGAACUCUGCAUCACCCAGGUGGUGCAGCCUCUACGGGAGAAACAGAUAGAGAGUCUGGAUGUGGAUGGCUUGUUCAGUAACAUCGAAUCAGUCCAUCAGAUAUCUUCAACAUUGUCAUCCAUGCUGGAAGAUGCAGUCACUGAUGAGGGUCCAGAGACACAGAUGAUUGGGGAAAUAUUUUUGCAGAUUAAAACUCCCUUGGAGGAAGUUUAUAAAAUCUAUUGUUACCACCAUGAUGACACCAACAGUUUGCUGGAAAUGUAUGACAAAGAUGAAGAAAUCCAGCAGCAUAUAAGGACCCAGGUUGAUGUUUUGAAGAAAAUAUAUCAGGAGCAGGGGAAGUCGAGCCUGCUGGACAUGGGCUCGCUGCUGAUCAGGCCGGUGCAGCGGGUGAUGAAGUACCCGCUGCUGCUGAGCGAGCUGUUCAAGUCCACGCCGGCGCUCCACGCUGACCACAAGCCCCUGGCAGAGGCCCUACAGGCCGUGGUACACAUCAACACCAAUAUCAACGAGUUCAAACGCAGGAAAGACCUGGUGAUGAAGUACAAGAAGAGUGACGAGGAGGAGUCUCUCAGGGACAAGCUGUCCAGGGUCAACAUCCGCUCCAUCAGGAAGAAGUCUAACCGCGUCACCAGUCACCUGAAGAUCCUCACUGGAGGAGAGCUGCAGGUCAAAGAUGAGACGUUCGACCGAGAGGAGAAAACGUUUCGAAACUUGGAGAAGGCGGUGAGACUUUGUGCCAAGAACACGUCUUCCUACCUGCAGAACAUCCAGGAAGGGAUGCUGUUGGCUGCUCAGAAUGUCCAUGGACUUCAGAGAACUUUCCAAGAUCCCGACCAGACCAACGGCAACUCUCUACGGGAACUCAAAAACUAUCUCAAUUCUGUUGAAAGUUUUAGAGAGCGUCUGGAGAGAGUGGUCGUGUCACCCCUCGCAACCCUGCAGGUCCUCUUUGCCGCCCCCCAGAAGCUGAUCCAGAAACGCUACGACAAGCUCCUGGACCACGUGGGCGGCUUGAGGCAGUCGGAGAGCAUGCGGGACAGGCGGGCGGCGGAGCAGCUGAACCAGGCCCGGCGCGACUACCAGGCCCUGAACGGCCAGCUGGUGGAGGAGCUGCAGACCUUUAACAGGGCGGCCAGGCAGAUCCUGCUCAACUGUAUCUGCUGCUUCAUGGCCAUCUUCCAUGACCUCAUGGGCUCCGCGCUGCAGGCAUCUCCGGCCCUCACUAACACCCUGGUUUCCCCUGCAAGAAACAUCCAAGAGAAGCAAAAGCAAGUCAUCGAGGACAUUUAUCAAUUGUCUUUUGGGAAGGAAUUCAGCAGUGGAGCUCAGCGGGUGAUGGAGAGGAGGAACAGCUCGGAAGAAAGAUCAAAGAAAAGAUCAUUAGGCUUUAUGCCACCAGCUCCCCAUCAGACCCAAGACCACAGGACGAAGCUCCUGUCAACACACAAUCCUGAGACGGUAUUUCAAGCCAAGCGGAAGUUCAAUGCAGCCCAGGAGCACGACACGUCUCUGCACGAGGGUGAAAUCGUGGCCGUUCUUGAAAAGCAGGACCCGAUGGGCAGUACGAGCAGGUGGCUUGUCGACAAUGGAGUGACACGGGGCUAUGUGUACUCCUCGUUCUUGAAGCCCUAUAACCCCAGCGCCGGCCACAACUGCUCGCUGCCCGACAGCUCGGCGGUGGACAACCACUUUGACGACAUCACCCUUUUUGCAACGCCGCUACCUGGAGAGCCCGGCCUGGCGAAGUCUCCGCCCCUCAGCGCCGGCGCCAGCGACACUGCACUCAACUGCUCCCAGGAGACGAGUCUCUGCAGCUCCGACACGGUGUCGUUCAGCGGCAGCGACGACAACUCGAGCGAGGUCGGAGAGCAGCAGGUAUUCUACGCAGUGUACUCCUUCCAAGCAAGGAGCGAGCAUGAACUGAGCCUUCAAGAGUAUGAGCGAGUGAAGAUAGUGAAGUCCAGUGAUCUGAGCGGCAACAAAGACUGGUGGCUGGCUGAAGUCAACGGGAAGCGAGGCUAUGUCCCUGCUAGCUACUUGGGAAGAAUGUCUUAUGCCUGAACCCUGCACUCGUGGAAACCGCUUGAGUUUCAUGGAUGGAAACACAGGACCAUGUGGCUGCUCUGCUGGUCUCUGGCAUUGAUUUGAAGGAGCCAGGCCCAUGCAUGUGAGUGCAUGUACACGUGUGUGUGUGUGUGUGUGCGUGUGUGCGCAUACAUCUGUAUGGGUGCAUGCAUGUGCACACGUAUGUGUGUAUGUGUGCAUGGACCCAUAUGGGUGCGUGUGUGUGCGCGCAUGU